AGAUGCACAUCACGGACAUCGAUCAAUGAAAGAACAGAAAUGCUGAGAUCACUGCUUGAUUUCACACUUGCUCAAAACAUCAGUCUGGUCAAUGGUUUAGAUGCCUGCUCUGGAAGAGUUGAGAUCUUUUAUAAUGGCAAGUGGGGGACAGUGUGUGGUGACUCCUGGGACAUUGAUGAUGCUGCUGUGGUGUGCAGACAGUUGGGAUGUGGAAGAGCUGUUAUUGCAGAUGGCCAGUCUCUUUUUGGGGUAAGGGGUAAUGUCUGGCUGAGUGAGGUCAACUGUAAGGGAGACGAGUCAUCCAUCACACAGUGCGCUCAUCGAAGCAAUGGAAAUAAUUGUCCUCAGAGUAACGAUGCUGGAGUCAUAUGUUCAGCUUCUUCAGUUAUUAUCAUUGGUGUUGUGGUAACAGCUGUACUGCUCAUAUUGUCUGCACUGCUAAUCAUUUUCCUGGUGAGGAGGAGACAAAAACAAAAGAAAAUCCAGAUAUGCUCCUGUUCAAAAGUUAAUAUGCUAAAUGUGCUCCAUAAUGACCAGAAUGAAGAGGCUGCUGAGGAUGACUAUGAGCUUGUAGAUAUGGAUGAUGGUAGUCAAGAUGAUGUAAACUCUGACUCUGAUCAAGAUUACCUUCAUGUAGAUCAAGAUAACUCUGAACCAGACUACGUCAAUGUGGAAACAGACGAUUCAGAACAGGACUAUGUCAAUGUUAAUAUUACAGAAAACAGAAGUACACUGGACAAUAACUAUGAAGAUUUAUGAAAGCUAUUUGAUGGAAAUUUUUUCACAAAAUAAAAGACCCAGUACCUUCUGAAUGGAUAACAGGACUAAAUAUCAGACAAGACUCCAUUGCUACACAAAAGUGCCACACAAAAAUGGAGCCAGAAUUGCCAGGCAAGGAACAAGUAAAGUUCACAGUGAAUUAUUCAUUAUAUCCAAUAAUCAAUGUCCAAGUAUAAAUUAUUCUUUGCAUAUGAAGAGAACAAAGACUCUUUGAACAUUACUUAUAUUAAUUCUCUACAAAUCUCUGGAAUGUAAGUGUGGAUUAUCUUUUAGCAUCAAUUUGUCUAUUUGACUGAAAAUGGUGGCACUAACAAAUUAGCAGUUGUUAACAGAGCAUUAGCAAAAAGUAUGAAGUUUUUUUUUAAAGUGAUAGUGAUUUUGACAGCUUCUCAAGAUGUGUUCUCUAAACAACCGAUAAGGAAGUUGAAAGCAGUAGCUGUAUCCGUUCACAGUGUGACACAACUACCCACAACCCCUCUGCUGUGUGUCUUCGUCUCUCAGUUGUUGUUAUUGUUAGACACCCGCAAAUGAGUUACUGUUACUGUGUGAUGUCUGCCUUUUAUCAUGACUGCCCACUGGAUACCUAAAUAAUUUAAUUUAAAAUAAAAAAUGUUUAAACAAACAGUUUAAUAUAUGUUAUAAAUAAUAU